AUGUUCUCUCAAGUCGUUUUAUACCUUGCCUAUACACUCAUGGAAUUAUUACAAUUCUUGCAAUAUCAUUUCGGGAUUGAAGGGACUUGCGGAACGAGUCAGAAUUUAAUCCUAACAACUGUGGCCCAUAUUCUGAUUUGGACGCAACCUCUGGCUCAUAAUUAUUGGUGUUUACGGAACACUCGGAAAGGACGAUCGGCCAUGAGAAUGGCUCUCUGUUCAUCCAUUGUAACCUUUGUUGUUGCUUCAAUUUCCUUAUGGAUGGGAUAUCAUCAUGUUGGAGGGUUUGGAUUGGAAUCCUCAUCCUCCUCCGAGAGUAAGGACGGAAGUUUCUUGUUGGGCAUUGAAAUUCAAAACAUUCAUCCAGUGAUGUGUUCUCAUCAAGGUCCCAAUCACUUGUAUUGGAUGUUUCCAUAUCAUCCUUUAUGGGGUCAUGGAAUUAGUUGGUACGUUUGGCUCAUACAAACCGUAAUGCCUCACUUGUUUCGUCACUCGGUGAAGGAUAAUGAUUUUCUGGGUAAGAAUUGGGUCGUCGGUAGUUCUGUCGUGAUGGGAUGGUUAGUGGCGGUCGUGAUUACUUUACAAGUUGGUGGAAUUAUUCAUGAAAUACCAUCGUAUUGGUGUUUAAUUUCAAUUCCUUGGUUAAUUCUUCCUUAUUUGAUUGCGUUUGUGAAACCAAGAAGAUUUUUGGUGAAUGAGGAAUUGUUUAUGAAACCUCUUGAUGAAAAGAAGAAAUGCUAG